AUGGGUUUCGGAUGCUUAAAAUACAUGCUUCUAGUAAUCAUAAAUUUUCCAUUACCUUUUAUCAAUUUUCUAGUAGUUGCUAAUUCUAAUCUCCCUUCCUUGCAGCAAUCGAAACCAUUGUGCCAUGAUCAUGAGAAGGUUGCAUUGCUUCAUUUUAAGAAAAGCUUAAGUCUUGAUUGCCCUGAAUCAUCUCAUGUUGCUUUUGCAUAUCCAAAGGUGAAAUCAUGGCAUGAUAAAUCAUAUCAUUUGGAAAAUGCAACUAUAAGUGGUGAUUGUUGUAGGUGGGAUGGUGUCAAGUGCAAUGAGAAGACGGGUCAUGUCAUUGGCCUCGACCUUAGUAGUAGUUGCCUUUACGGCACCUUCCCUCACAACACCACCCUUUUCAGCCUUAGUCAUCUCCGUGAGCUAGAUCUUUCUUAUAAUAACUUCAAUUAUUCUCAAAUCCCCUCUGACAUUGGUCGUCUAUACAAGCUCACACAUCUCAAUCUCUCAAGGUCAGUUUUUAGUGGCCAAAUACCAUUAGCAAUUUCGACAUUGUCCCGUCUUUCUCUUCUUGAUCUUUCCUUUAAUGGCAAUCCUAUGGUUGUCAAUGAGGAGUUAGAUUUGAAACUUAAUGAUUUGAGUCUAAAGAAGUUGGUUUAUAAUUUGAGUAGUUUAACCCAUCUUUAUCUAGAUAGGGUUGAUGUAUCAUCUGAGGUACCUCUCAUGUUAAGAUACAGAACUUCUUUGAAGGCUAUUUCAAUGAACUACUGCAAUUUGUUGGGUGAAUUCCCAACAAAUAUUUUCCACUUACCAAAUCUUGAAGUAGUGUCAUUGACUUUCAAUCCUAAAUUAGGAGGAUAUAUUCCUGAAUUUUAUUCUAAUAGUCCUCUUCGUAUAUUAUACGUUGAUGGAACAAAAUUUUCAGGAGAGUUGCCAGCAACGCUUGGAAAUCUUGUUUCUUUGACUGAAUUGGACUUGCAAGAAAGUGAAUUCUAUGGAAAAAUUCCAUCUUCAAUAGGUAAUUUGACAAAUCUCACCGUUCUAAACCUAGCCCGCAAUUAUUUCAGCAAUGAUCUUCCUGAUUCUAUCAUGAACUUAUUGAGCCUUACUUUCUUAAGUCUUUCAGACAUGCCGAAUGUUGGGAAUGCUAGAAUAUUGAAAUCUUGGUUGCCUAAGCUAAACUCACUCACUCAGCUAUGCCUUAGCCAAAUGAAUUUAGGCAAUGACAUUUUACCUUUGUGUAACUCUACUAGGCUCACUUUUUUGGAUCUUAGCAAAAACUUGUUAACAGGCACACUACCAAGUUGGUUUGUAAACCUAACUCAAUUACACACCUUAGAGCUAUAUGGUAAUCAGUUUCAAGGUCCAAUCCCACCCUGGAUUUCUAAACUUGUGAAUCUUAGCACAUUAUUAAUGUCAUUUAGGGACUCAGUUGCCAAAUUUGAUUCAUUUUUGAAACUCCCAAAUCUCCGUAAUUUAAUGUUGACUGGUGUUAGCUUAACCUUUCCUCGAGAUCUAAACACCAAUUCAUCUCUAUUACAGUUAGAGAUUCUAGAUCUUGAUUCAUGCAACUUGACUGAAUUCCCAGAGUUCCUACAUUCUCAAGGUGAGCUAAAAGUAUUAUCUCUCUCAGGGAACAAAAUCAAAGGUGAUAUUCCACAAUGGUUUGUAAACACAACUAGAGAGAAUCUCUUGAUCUUGAACCUUUCGAAUAAUCUUUUAACGGGUUUUGAACAACCUUUAGUUUUCAUCCCAUGGUAUAAUUUGCAAAUGCUGGAUCUCAAUGACAACAAGUUAAGAGGGCAACUUCCAACUCCUCCAAGCUCGACACAAGUUUAUCAAGUCUCAAACAAUCAAUUUGAUGGAGUUCUUCCUAGUAAUAUAUGUCAAGCUACAUCUUUGGUUUACCUUGACUUAUCUAAAAACAAUCUUAUGGGCAAGAUUCCAAGUUGCAUUAGUCAUCAGCUUAGUGAUUCAUUGCAAGUAUUAAACAUGCAAGGCAAUAAAUUUAGUGGUUCCAUUCCUCAAAUGUUUCCAAAAUCAUGCAAUUUAAAAAUGAUCAAUUUAAGCAAAAAUCGAUUUGAGGGAAAGCUCCCGAAGUCCUUAGUCAAUUGUACUUUGCUUGAGGUACUUGACAUAGGAAGAAAUCGUAUUAAUGACACUUUUCCAUUGUGGUUAAGAAGCCUUCCCAAGUUGCAAGUUCUUGUCAUGAGGCAUAACCAUUUUCAUGGGAAGAUAACAACUCCAUUUCUUAGUCCAACGGUGCAUGAUUUUCAUCACUUGCGUAUAUUUGACUUGUCAUGUAAUUAUCUAUCUGGUAACUUACCAUCUAGUUAUCUUCAAAGUUUGGUUGCAAUGACAGUUUCAACUGAAAAGUUGUCAAACUCAUCCAACUCUUUUUUUAGGUUUUAUUUUAGGAUUGGGUAUAAUGACUAUGGGUUCUAUGGUGAGAAAUACAAUUACGUUGUCACUAUUACAAAUAAGGGGAGUGAAACGUUUUACACAAAGAUAUUGACUGUAUUGCGAAUGAUUGAUUUCUCAAGCAAUAAAUUUACUGGUAGAAUCCCUAUGAUAAUUGGAAAUCUUAGAGGACUUCAAGCACUAAAUCUAUCCAACAAUAAUCUUGUUGGUGGUAUCCCAUCUUUUCUAGCCAACAUUAAAGACCUCGAGUCCUUAGACCUUUCUCAAAACAAGCUUUCAGGAGUGAUCCCUAGGGAGUUGAUAGUGCUUAACUUUCUUGAGGUCUUCAAUGUAUCACACAAUCGUCUAGUUGGACCAAUACCUGAAGGAGAACAAUUUAAUACUUUUGACAAUAGUUCUUUUGCUGGAAACUUGGCAUUGUGUGGAGCUCCAUUGUCUCAGAAAUGCAAGAAAGACUCCAUUCCAUCAUCACCUCCACAAAAAGCAACAAAUGAUGAAGAGGAUACUAAGCUGAUUGAUUGGAUCAUCAGAUCGUUGGGGUGUGUAAGUGGAUUUAUAAUUGGCUAUGUCAUUGGGAAGAUAUAUGUAGCUGAUCGAUAUCAUGAUUGGUUUAUGGAGACUUUUGGAAAGACAACGAGGCCGAAAAAAAGAUCUUAUGUCAUGUAA